CAAUAACUAGAGUUGUUAGAAAUUCCACGUCUACUUCCUCUUUCUCAAAUUUUCCGCAAGAAAGUAUCAGAAGGUCGAACUACCAAAUUUUGCCAAGCGACGACCAUAGUAGAAGUAGAGUCCUCACUACAAGAGCCGAUAGGUCUAGUUCUAUUUCUCCUUCUCCUCGUUUAUCCGUUCUUUCCAUGCGUGUUAACCAGCAGGAGGCUACUAUCGCAACUAGUACAGAUAAAUACCGUAAAAACAUAAAGCGACUACUACGACAACCAAAGUAGGUGACAAUUAUUUUAGUGCGGCGAUCAUGAAAAGUUGUGUAGAAACCGAGAUGAACGAGGUUGUACCACGACCACGUUUGUCCGCCGCCGAAGCGGGUGCAACUCCCCUAUCCUCUGCAAAAGUAUCGUACUCGUAUUGCAAUCAUGCAUUACAAAUCAUUUUCUUGAGGUAAAUCCGCAUUACAAAUUUUAUUUCUCAUGCUGAGGAAAAUUUGUAAUGCAUUUAUUGUUAUUCGAGUGCGAUACUUUUGCACUGCAUAUCCCCCAGAUGGUGGCACAAGUAAUUCAUCGGGUAGCUGUAGUUAUUUCGCCCCAGCAUGCGAACAAUUUCCAGGCGCAGCUGCUCCAGGUGGUUUUAUUUCGGGCUAU